AGUCCAUUUUCUGGAAAAUAUGUUCUUGCUUGUUGAAACUCAUUAAAUUGCUCAAUCAAACUGUACAGAAUCUUUGUCGUCGAUUGAGAAAUUUCAACUUUCUCACUCUAUUCAAAAACAACUUGAAACACGAUGAAGACCUUCAUUCUCCUUGCUUCUUGCCUUUUCGUGCUGGGAUCUGUCAGUGGAGGUUUCUCAGGCAAGUCGCUGGUCUUCCAGACUCAAACCGACAAUUCUUACGUGAAGCUGCUUCCCGCCGAAUUUCCCCAGCUCUCUGCAUUCACCCUCUGCCUGAGGGCCGCCUCAGAGGCGAAGCGAGGUUACAGCUUGUUCUCCUAUGCCACAGCGACUAAGGACAACGAGUUACUGCUCUGGCACAACGAGAACACAAAGCUCUCCCUCCGCCUUGACACUGACUUGCUCGAUUUUGACCUCCCAGAGCUGGACGCCCAACUGAGACACAUCUGCGUGACCUGGGACUCCCUGACUGGACUCAUCACCUUCUGGAUCAAUGGAGUCCGGAGCCUUCGCAAAGUUGGCCAUCAGGGUGGCAUGGUGGGUGGAGGGGGCAUUGUUAUCCUGGGGCAGGAGCAGGACCAGGAAGGGGGUGGGUUUGACAGACAGCAGAGUUUUGUAGGAGAGUUGACAGAUGUUAACCUGUGGGACCAUGUCCUGUCCCCAACAGACAUCAAGGUGUUAAAUCGAGGAUGCCACCGCGCAGGGGGUAACAUCAUCAAUUGGGCCACAGUGGAAUACGAGAGCAGGGGAAUAAUCAACAUCCAGGGCAAUAAAGACUGCAAGCACCAAGCUGCCUGUGAUGAGUUGACAAUGACAGGAAAAUGCAUUCACACAGAAUCUAACUCUCACACAUUUUCAUGUGCACACAUAAUGUCAGACUCAGCCACACCCCCGUAUAUGCAUACACACAAACACACCCAUACACACACCAUAUACAAAUCACAUGAGAACCAAUGUGCACUUCACAAACAAAAUUAGGACUUGAAAGAGUACCUGCUUUCAAGUUGGCUGGGCACUGGAUUGUGAAUGAUCCUUUGUCGGAUGUUUAAUACCUGGUCUUGAAAUCUAUUUGAUAAGAUUAGGGAAGAUUUGCAUAAUAUCACCCAAAUGCACAAAGUUUAAAAUGUAGCGCUUGCUAUCUGAUCAAAAUAAUAAAAUAGCAUCCAGAAAUUCGAA